AUGGCCCAAUUUCUGAAAUGUCCAGACCAUGUUCUCGUCUCCAACAUCGUUUAUUCUCAUGUCUACGCUUACAUUCUUCCUGAGCUCCGCCCAUUUCUAAUCAACUUGGAGACCAAUCAUCUGCCGAAAUUUGUAGAAAAUAACGGGGAAGAAAUGAUUCAGAAGAUGUUGGAUAAAUCGAAUAAUAAAUUGAGAAUGUACGGAUCGGCCAAGGAGAUUGCAGGGAAUAUCAAAAUAUUCAGAAAUUUUACUGAAAGUUUUCGUUUUUUCGAUGACCAAAAGUAUCCUUUCAAUGCGUCACCAGUCAUCUAUACAAGUUUGAAUGGAGAAAAAUACAUUUAUAAACCUGAUAUUUUUACAAUUAUUCAGAAUAUCGCACUUCAUACUAUCAAUCAUCAGAAAUUCAUUUUCUUUCAUUCGAUGCUUGCAAAGAUUCUGAAAUCAAAAAUUGUGCUGGCUAAUGGACCCGUUGAAUUUGUGAAAUUCGAUGAGAAAAUGUUCGAUGAAAUCGAGAAAGAGAUGAGAGAAGUAGAUGCGAAAAGUCAUCAACAAGCGAUCGCGCAACGUGACUAUCUAGCAAUGUCAUUGUCGACUAACAAUUAUCCAGCGAUCGCUUCAAAAUUCCGGGAAUUGAAUCCGACACUUUGGGAAGAUGCCGUUGCAAAUUCAUACCUCAAACACCUACAAUUGUUGUCUAAUAGACGAAUCGAGACACAAAAAGAGCCAAUUUUUAUCGCGCUCACCAAUACUUGUAAAAUGAACUGUAUUGAAGAAAUUAUGGCAAAACGAGCUCCGCUUUUCACGUCCACACCGGAAUCAUCUCCAAUUACAGUCAGACUGUUUGAGGAUGGAGAAGAGAGAUAUGUGAUGGAGGCGGAAUUGUAUCAUGCAUUGAAUAGAUUGUCUCCGGGAUCUGAGAGAUUUGUAAUUCAUAAUGAUGGUUCACAACGCAAAGGAUUGGUUCCCAAUGCAACGAGUUUUGAAGAAGUCAGGGCGGAGUUUGGAGAUCGAAUUCAAAAAAUUGAGUUCAUCCGUACUCCGAUUCUUCGCUCCAAACACCGUGCAGUUCCUAUCAGAGCACACUUUCCGGGACAAUUCGUCAUUCCAGCUGUUGAUUGUUUCUUCGAAUUCUGGAGAAAUGUGAUUUUGGGAGUCAAACUAUUCCAAAAGUACCAAUGUUCGGAUUGGGAGAAAUACGCCCAAUUUUUUCAGGAGAUUGAAGAAUAUUUUGAUAUUGAAAAAAAACAGCAAUACUUCCUGCAAUACGAUAUUCUCGAGAGUGUAGUGGGAAAUUCAUUGCAACAAUACGAAGUUUCACAAAUCAAAGACAUUCGAAAUGCGAAAAAAGAUGGAUUUACUGUGCAGAAUUUGAAGAACGAACUGAAUCAUUUGGGUCUUACUGGGACAUUCCCUGACAUUCAAAAUUAUGCCGAAGGCGUUUAUGAAGAAAUCGAUAAGGUGAAGAAGGAGAGAUAUCUCAGAACCUGCGAUUUAUUUGAUGCUGUGGAGAGCUGUCAGCUGAUUUGUUUGCUCAAUAGGAUUCCGAAUUAUCAGAAGUUUCUUCACAAUCAGAAAGGAUGCAAAAGAGUUUUCGGAUACAAAUGUGCACAUUGUGAGAAGGAAGAAGAGGUCAAAAACACGUCAGAUAUCCAGGAUUCUAUGAAGAAUCUUAAAAUCGAGAACACAAACAGCUCGACUCCGAAUCAAUACUCACAACCUGCUCUCUCGGCUCCAAAAGACUGUGAAAAGUGCUCAGAAUCUUCUGAAAUUCUCGUUAAAACUCAAAAUGAGCUGAAAAUAAGUCGAGAUCAGUUGAAAGAGAUGCAACAGAAGAUGACAGAUACAGAGAAGGAGCUGAGUGAUUCGAAGAAAGAACAUGAGAAAAUUGUGGAAUCUGAAGCAAAGAAAACGGAGGAAUUGGCUGAAGUGAUGGAGGAAUUGAACAAUGAGAAAGAGAAGAAUCAGGAGAAAGAAGAGGAGAUUCUGAAGGCGUCAAAAGAAAAUGAGGAACUUCAGAAGACAAUUCUCAAGUUGACAGCUGAAAAUGAGGCAAAUGAGAGAAUGAUUGAGAAGUUACUCGAUAGAAUCAGCAAUUUAUCGACUAACAACCAGAAAACUAAUGAAAUCGAUGAGAAAACUAUCGAAGAAUCGACUCAAACUACUUCUGUCACUUCCAAAAAUGCUCCUCUCAUUAUCGAUUGUCUCAUUUGUUCCAGUCAAAUCAAGGCGGGACAAGAAGUCAUCAGAUGUCCAUUGUGCAAACGAAGGUUCCAUUCGAAUUGUGCAUUCAAAUGGCGCAAAGACCACACUCAAUGCCCGGCGUGCAAUGGAGAUCUUCCUGGAAUUUAA